AGUGGAGAUGCUGGAUUCACAAGGUCCGCCAUUAUUGGGAAGCCGGAAAAAAAAAAAGAAGCGAAGGGAGUGAGGGGCAGAGGGAUAGACAGAGCGCGUCACACAUUUUCUCCAGCGAACGGCUCUAGUACAUCAGAAAGGAGAUCUCGGGGCUUCCUCGCGCGCCUCCGCACGCGGAAAACACCGUCCCGCUGAUUUACGGACGCUUUUGGGACCGCGUUUCCUGCCGACUCUUGUGUUUGGGACUCGACAGAGGCGAAUGAGAAUCGGUCAAAACAACGUGGUGGCGGAGCCAAGAAGGGAAAACACACCGAAACAGCGCUCUGCAACGCCUCCCAUUUUUUUCCUCUUCGUAAUACGUUUGCAGUCGCUGUGAAAGGACGCGAGUUUGAGGGACAUUUUCCCCCCGCUGCUAAUUUAAUCAGUAUGAUGUAUUAGUUUAUUUCCGAUUCAGAGACAGCAAUCCUCCACUUCACUUGUCCAGAAACUUCAAACAGUCAUUUCAUGUCUGCGGGAGCAGACGGGCAGACAGCGUGUUUACCAGACCAACUGAAAAUAAUCGAUGUGAGUUUUUAGGGAAGCGUUUCCCCUCCCAAACACACACGUUUGUGUUUUAAAGUCUUUUCCCAACUGAGGAGCACGGAUGAAGAACCGAAGCGCGAGACUGGACUGAUUUGAUUUGGAAGAUUUUGAUGUCCUGCAAAUUGUGUCGUCAAAAAAGGCUGGCUGUCAGCUAAGACUUCUUGUUUGUUUGGGCCAGACCCGCCCAGUGAGCUGCCCUUGCAUGGAAACCUCUUGGAAUUUUUUCCCUCUCCAUAAAGUAAAGCACCAGCAUGUCAGGAUGAGUCUUCAUCAACGACGAUGAUGGCCAAAAAACAAGAUGCUCGGGCACCUAUCUACAACUUGGUUGUGGUUGGGCUGUCUGGCACGGAGAAAGAAAAAGGCCAAUGUGGUGUUGGGAAGUCCUGCCUGUGUAACCGUUUUGUACGGCCGAGUGCAGAUGACUUCUACCUGGACCACACUUCUGUUUUAAGCACCAGUGACUUUGGUGGCCGUGUGGUGAACAAUGACCACUUUUUGUUUUGGGGAGAACCAAGCAGAACAUUGGAGGAGGGGCUAGAAUGCCGCAUGAAUGUGGUGGAGCAGACAGAGUUCAUCGAUGACCAGACAUUCCAGCCACACCGUAGCACAGCCCUCCAGCCGUACAUCAAAAGAGCAGCUUCUAAUAAGCUGGCUUCAGCUGAAAAACUGAUGUAUUUCUGCACCGAUCAGCUAGGGCUGGAGCAGGACUUUGAACAAAAACAGAUGCCUGAAGGCAAGCUUAUGGUGGAUGGUUUCUUACUUUGUGUGGAUGUUAGUAGAGGUAUGAACCGAAGCUUUGAGGAUCAAAUGAAGUUUGUUGGCAAUCUAUAUAAUCAGCUUGCCAAAACUAAGAAACCUGUGGUUAUGGUUCUCACCAAAUGUGAUGAAGGAGUUGAACGCUAUAUUAAAGAUGCCCACACUUUUGCCCUCACAAAGAAGAACCUACAGGUGGUAGAAACAUCAGCACGCUCUAAUGUCAAUGUUGAUUUAGCUUUUCUCACACUGAUUCAGCUAAUAGACAAGAGUAAAGGAAAACCCAAGAUUAUCCCUUACUUUGAGGCGCUGAAGCAGCAAAGUCAGCAGAUUGCCACAGCCAAAGAUCGCUAUGAGUUGCUUGUCAACCGACAUGUAAGGAGCCACAAUGAGACUUGGCCUUCUGUCAGCAGCCGAAUGCAAACAGCUACGGAUUACAAGGACUACGUUUUUCUUGAGGGAACACCUAAAGCCAAGAAGCUGUUCCAACAGCAUGUGCAUAGACUGAAACAAGAGCACAUAGAGAUGCGAAGAAAGCACUACCUUAGUACUCUACCACAAGCCCUGUCUGCAUUAUUGCCGGAGUUGGAUGAGAUUGACCACUUGAGUUGGUCUGGAGUUCAGAAAGUUCUAGAAACAAAAAGAAACUUCUCUCAGUGGUUUGUAGUGCUAGAUGAUACACCAUGGGAGAUCACCGCACACAUCGAUAACAUGGAUGAUAAUAGAAUUCCUCAGGACCUCUUGGAGACUCCAGCAGCUCAAGUUAUCUAUGAGACGCACCUGGAACAACUAAGAAAUGAGCGCAAACGAGCUGAGAUGAGAUGGGAGUUUAAGGAAAAGCUAAGUAUCUCUCCUUUCAUUACACCAGGGAAGCCAUGGGAAGAGGCUCGAAGUUUCAUCAUGAAUGAAGAGUUCUACCAGUGGCUUAGUGAAAAUGAAUACUUGGAUAUCUACAACAAACACCAGAAGGAAAUCAUAGAUAGGGCCAAAGAAGACUUUCAGGAGUUGCUCCUUGAAUACUCUGAGCUCUUUUAUGAGUUAGAAGUGGAUGCAAAACCAAGUAAAGAAAAAAUGGAAGCCAUUCAGUCUCGGUUGUGUGAUGAGCAGAGAUUUAAAGCCCUCCAGAAGCUUCAAGCAGAAAGGGAUGCCUUGGUACUAAAGCACAUCCACUUUGUGUAUCAUCCGACAAAAGAUACCUGCCCGAACAGUCCUCAUUGUGUGGACAGUAAGAUAGAGCAGAUAUUGGCCUCCAGAUUCCCAACUCGCUACCCAUCAUCAGAUAGUGCAAGACUGGAUGGGGGAAGGACAGAGCGGAUCAAUCUUGUCCUUCUAGGAAAAGAUGGGCUGGCCAGGGAAAUGGCAAAUGAAAUAAGGACUCUGUGCAACAGUGAUGACCGAUACAUCAUAGAUGGCAUUAAGUAUGAGUUAGUCUUUCGGCCUAUAGAAGGCAAUGUGCGCUUGCCAGUCAAUUCCUUCAGCGUUCCCACCUUCACACCUCAUGGCUGCCUUUGUUUGUACAAUUCAAAGGAAUCUCUGUCUUAUGUUGUUGAGAGUUUAGAGAGGCUCAGAGAGUCAACUAUAAGUAGAAGGGAAAAAGAAAACACCUUAUCUCAACUCCCACUACAUCUCCUUCUGGUUACCAAGCGGGGGGUGGGUUCUAUAGGAGACAUUGGAGGAGAAACGGCUCAAAGUCUUAUACAACAAGGGCAACAGGUAGCUGCAAAGCUUCAAUGUGUAUACCUAGACCCUGCUUCUCCUGGGAUGGGCUAUGGUCGCAACAUCAGUGAGAAGCAGAUUAGCCAGAUGCUGAGGACUCUCUUAGAAACAAGGAGAAACACUAGGAGUAGCUCCCCUCUGUUACCUCCUCCAUCAUCUAUCUUGAGAGACUCUCAUUCCCAGCCAAUUCUUGAGACAGAUCCAAGAAUUGUCAUGUGCCUGAUGUGUGGAGACACAUAUGAUAUUGAUCAACUCCUUGCUCCCUUCCUUUUGCCCCAGCACUGUCGUCCCAUGUCCAGUUUGAGCAGUGGCACAUCUAUUUUUCUUAAUCUCAACAUAGGAGGCCAGAGGCAGAACAUAGAGCUGUCACUGCUGUCAUUCCAUUCCUCAUUCUCCCUUCGCAAAAGUGGACUGGUCCAUGGCUUCAUUGCUGUUUACUCUGCUCGCCGCAAGGCCUCUAUGGAGACAUUGUGUGCUUUUCUCUGUGAGGUCCAAGACAUCAUCCCAGUACAGUUGUUGGCAGUAGCAGAGAGUCAAAUGGAGUUGUCAGACUCUGAAUCAGCCAAGGAGCAAGUAAGUGAAGGAGAGGAGCUUGCACGUGAAAUAGAUGCCCGGUUUAACACAGUGAUAUGUGGACAUGGUGGUGUAGUUGGGGGGCUUCAUAAGAUAGACCUUUUCCAAAACUUCUUUAAAGAAGUGAUAGAGAAGCGCACUAUUGUCGAGGCCACGCACAUGUAUGACAAUGCGGCCGAGUCAUUUAACAAUGAGAGCAUCAGCCCUCGCUGUAGCUCACCCAGUCCAGUUAACAUUAUAGACUCCGAAGAUGAUAUUGAUCCAUCACCACCCUGUCUUCCACUCAGGGAGGAUGGCAGUCUCAGCUCCCAUUUAGGAGGCUUUAAGAUGCCCGAUCUCGAUUCAAACUACACCUUUUCUGUUAUUUCUGAGCUCAACACCUUUGAGAACAAACUGAACAGCAAGGCUCCUCCGCAAGUAAAGCCCAGGCCUGUCCGUAAGGUCAAUCUCAGUCCCUUUGUGGAUCAGCAAGGAGGCAACCGACGUACCAUGUCCCAAGCUGUCUCUGGGGCUCCAAGUAGUGAUGGUGGCUAUGAUCCUUCUGACUAUGCUGAGCCCAUGGAUGCUGUGAACAAACCUCGAACAGCAGAGGAAGAGAAUAUUUACUCUGUCCCUCACGACAACACACAGGGCAAGAUCAUCACAGUUCGCAAUGCCAAAGGCCACACAAAUGGAAGUGUUGGGGGCAAUGGAUCAGACAGUGAUGUGGACACCAGCUCUCUGGAGCGUAGGAGAAAUUUACCUGCCAUUGGGGUAAAGCCAAAGCUAUACAGAGACAGAUCUAAACGACUUGGGAGGUUCAGCAGUUUUAGGGCAAACUUCUCCAUGGGAAGUGAUGAUGAGAUGGGAGGUCAAUCCAAGAUUAGCCUUGAUGAGGGAGGAGCUCAGAAGGACAACUCCGUUGAAGAAAGUGAAGAUCCCAAGAGAAGAAAUAUUCUCAUGAGCCUUCGACGAAAUCCAAAGAAACCAGCACGACCUAGACCUAGGCAUUCUAUCUCAAAGCCCAUUGAGAGCAAUUACUUCGGCAUGCCACUGGCCUCUGUGGUCACCCCUGAGAGACCGAUCCCAGUCUUUAUUGAGAAGUGCAUCCGCUUCAUCGAAACAACAGGGCUGAGCACGGAGGGCAUCUACAGAGUCUGCGGGAACAAGGCAGAAAUGGAGAGCUUGCAGCGGCAAUUUGACCAAGACCACAAUCUGGACCUGGUGGAGAAAGACUACACAAUCAAUACUGUUGCUGGAGCAAUGAAGGCCUUCUUCUCCGAGCUCCCUCAACCUCUGGUGCCCUACAAUCUGCAGGCAGACCUGGUGGAGGCUUUCAAGAUCAAUGAUAGGGAGCAGCGCUUUCAGACCAUGAGGGAUAUUCUGUGGCGCUUCCCCAGGGAGAACUACGAGCUCUUCAAAUAUGUCAUCAGCCACUUGAACAAGGUCAGCCAGCACAGCAGGACCAACUUGAUGACCAGCGAGAACUUGUCCAUCUGUUUCUGGCCCACACUCAUGAGGCCAGAUUUCACCACCAUGGACGCUCUGACUGCCACUCGCACCUACCAGACAGUCAUUGAGAGUUUCAUCUGCCAGUGCGCCUUCUUCUUCUACAAUCAGCCCCUUGCUGACGCUCUCCCCGGUUCCCCCUCCUCCACCCCGUCUGGGGGUGGGACUUCGGCCUACUCCUGCAUGUCUGGAGGCCUCUCAUCUUCACCGGCUCUGUCCCCAGCACCAUAUGUUCGGCCUUCCACCCCCCCAGUGAUUCCCCAUUACGGUCCACCUCUGCAUCAUCAUCAUCAUCACCUCCACCACCACCACCAUCAUCAGCACCAGUCCCCGUCCCAUUCCCCUCCUGCUGCCCCCCAGUCCCCAAUCCCAACACUGCUACCAGCCUCUUUGCACCACCAUCACCCCCCAACGGAACAACACACACUGUGAACCAGGGAUCAAGAAAAACAGAGAGGGUGGUGGGGUCAAGCUGGCAGAUGAUGUCAUUUAAACUGAUUCAUGGGUUGGAAAGACCAAACUGAGGAAGAAUUCAAAUCUGAAGCGGUGAGAAGUGAAGUUGAGAUUGGGAAAGAUGCAGUAUGCACAGGCUCACAUGUUUGGGAGAAGACUGGGCAUUUAUGAGGGACUGCAAAAAUAUGGGCGUAUAUCUCAGACCAACUUUGAAGAACCCACAACUUUAGACUUUGUUCCAGAGCCUCACUUCAUCUUUUGCCUCAUAGUGAAACCUACACAGAAACACUAACAGAGGAGAAAUGCAUCACCAGUAGCUGUUAAAGGAACUCGAGGAGAAACAAAUAUCUAGGGAAUGUGAACUCUUAUAUAGGACUGCUUCAGCUCACAGACGGACCGAGUGGACAUUAACCUCCACCAGCCGCUUUGCCUUGAACACUUUGGAGGGGCUGCGGUCGGGACGAAGUGGAUCAAUGAGCGCGUCUUGAACACAUUUGUUUUGGGUUUGUUGGUUUUAUUUCAUGUGUAGAAAACUCGUUCAAGAACGUCCUGCUACUACCCACCCAACAGGAUAUUCUGUGCAAACAGCUAACACAAUCCUAUUUGUUAGUCCUUUAUACAGACACACAGGAAAUGUCCACUUUUGCCAUGCAACUUAGCCAAGCACAGAAAGAAAAGGAAAAAAAAAACACUUGAAUUGACCUUAUCUGCUGGGCAGCAAAUUGAAGAAAGACUGCAAGUGCUUUGGAUGCUCUUCCCCGUCGUGUAAACUUCACUGUGUCCCUCGUAAACACUUAGAGCAAAACAAAAUGUGAAUUUUUAACUCAAUCGAAAUCUUCAUCCACCACUUCCCCACCUUCCUGCUGUGUUUUUAUUCUUUUUGUUCCUUUUUUUUUUUUUUUAGAGUGUUUUGUUUGGGCCUUUCUGUCAGUGAGUGUGCAAUUUCAUGGUGUGUUUAAGUGUGUGUGUGCGCACCUGCAUCCACGCCUUUUGGUUUAAUCGGCCUUUUCCUGUGUUGGAUAGAUAGUGGGGAUAAUUCUAGUGUUGGAUGAUUACCUGCCAUGUUUCUUUAUUUCAUGCUGUGCCGGUUUUACAAGUGGAGCUGCGGUUAUUUUUCGCAGUGAGGACCAUGUUCACAAAAGCACUUUUCUGAGCACUUUGAGGGCACAUUUUUUAAAUUGGAUCUGUCAUGGACGUGAAAAGCUGCUUUGACAGCCCAGCUUUUCUUUCGGAGUCCACCACUGACAUCUGCAGGAGGGAAAUGGGGAUGACUUUGAUUUCUGCAUGGGCGUUGCACACUGUGGUUUUCUUGCUAAAGGCUGCAGCUGUGAAGGGUAUUUGGACCUGUGCAAAAAGUGGAAUAAGGUGUGCUGGGAUGGGCAAAAGAACAGCUCAGAGGAAGAUUUUCACAUCCAUUGUUUAGUUGCAAAGCAAGCCAGUUGAUUAAAAUCUCUCACUGUCUUUAGUUUCAAAUUCUUACUUACUCGUGGAAAUCAAAUGAGCAUAUUUGGUGUAUUCCAGUCACAGAAAAAAAUCCUCUUCAUAAUUAUACAGAUAAUUUCUGAGAUAAUGUUGUUAAUAAUUGGAAUCUAAAGUGAGAGCUGGAGGUCUCAUUAGGCAUUUUACCUUUGGGAAGAACAGGUAACCACUAUGAAUCAUGAAUGGAGUCUGGAUGGACACAGAAAAUGACGCACAAAAGCCCCCCCAACCCCCCUUUACUCAUUUCCUGUGCAAAAGAGCCAGUCGGGUCAGAGAGAGGCAGCAAAGGGAACAGACAGUCCAUUCAUCCAUCUGCAUGACUGGAGAGAAGCAUCACGGAAUUCCUCGGCCCAUCCUGCUGUUGCCGUAGAAACCAGAGGAUGCGGCUGAAGGAGGACCUCAAACCCAGAUAAAAGCAGGUUUGUGCGUGUUUGCACGUGUCUUUGGGUCUUGUGAGCUUGAUGGAAGAGGCUGUGGACGUGAGCAUGUGAAGAUGUGCAGCAGGUGCCCCCCCCCCCCCCCCCCCCUCAAUGCUUAAUUACAUCUGUGUGUCUCAACUCAGUGGCCAAAAUGUCCAAAAGAAUAUUCAACUGAUCAGUCCAUGCAGUCCUUUUUUCCCUCAUUGGGGACUAUGUUUUUGUGUGUGAGACUCAGGAAUGGUGUGUGUCUGUUUUACUUGUGAGCCAACACAAUAUCAGGAUGUUUUUUGAAAGAUGUCCAGACAGCAGUUAUCCCAAACAAACAUCUAACAUUGAAUGGAGGAACCAGCUCUCCUGGUCAUUACCCUCUUGUGCAUCUGUUGGCUCAUCCAGAUUACACAAACACACACACUGAUGCUCAGAAAGUGUGUGCGUGCUGGGGGGAUGGUGGGGGUUGAAUGGGAUCAUUAUUUGGGAGACGGGGAGGUAGGAGGGGUAACCACUGGUACUUGUUUAGGAACGCUGGCCAGUGUAUGUGUGUGCUGACACUGACCUGACUGUGAGGCAGCCAAAGACUGUGGAGAAAUGCACUGGGGGGGAGAUGGGGGGGGGGGGGGGGUGAAGCAGCAAAGUUGUAACUUAAAAAAAACAAACAACAAAUUUACAAAUGUGACUUUUGUUCAUUGGCUGCAACCCUUCUGUUUUGUUUUUCCUUGCAACGAUGGUGACCGAUGUCUGUUAAGUUAAAUAAGAAAAAAAGCAGAAGUACAUUCAAAUUGAUGGUUGUUGGUUGAUCAGUAUGACAUGGGGUCUAACACACUUUCCCUUUAGUCAGCGGUGAUUGAAAUCUGUUUUUUAUGCGUUAUCUUAAUUAUAAAAAAGAAUUCACAGCAUUUUAAAUAUAUUUUUUUUUGUGAACAAAUGAGAGAAUGGCCCAGUAUAGUGCAUGAUUUCUUCUUGAAUAAAGGAAGAGGGCUCCAACACUCUCACUAUUUAAGAGCUUCUAAAAAAAAACAUAAGUGGGGGUGAAAUAAUGAAGUACUGUAAAGUAAAAAAGAAAAAAGAACAGUUCUUCAUGUAUAAUUUGUCUUGAUGGAAAUGGUGUAUACAGCAAGGCCUUAUGUGAUCUGUAUUAUAGUUAAUAAAUCAAAUCUUGUAAAUGGC